AUGCCCGUUAUAUCUACAUACAUCGCCGCGUCCAUGACGAAGCCGUGGAAGGAGCAGAGGGGCGAAGCGGGGGUAGGGGAGAGCUACCGCUGCUGCUGCCGCUGCCACUGUCAUCAGGGAGAGGAGCAGAGGCCAAGUCAGGGGGGGCAGGGGCGACCCACGAGGGUUGGUUGCCCCGCACACGUACCUGCGCCAAGAACGCGGAGGGCGCGCUCCGGGAGUGAGGUCCAGAUGGCACCGUUCCGCUCCUUUAACGGAAAGGCCUACACGGUGCCUUUCAGUAUGCUGCAGGAGCUCAACGAGGCCCUGGAAUGCGCAGAAAGAGAAUCCACACUGGCGGAUGGAAAUAAAUGUCAUGCCUCACUCAACUUCCCAGGCGUUGUCUGGCGGCACGACCCGUACAGUGCAAGGGUUCUCGCUGCGCCUCCCACCACAUCAGAGGGGCUGAACUCUGUUGUGAGAGGCAGGGAUCUUUUGGCGUGGGAGUUAAUGUGCGAGGAGAAUGUGGAGGAGCAGCGGGAGAACCUUGGCAUCAUGGCAGACGGUGGGUUCCCGUUGGGCGCCUACAACCAUGCCGCAUGGAAUCCAAUGUGUGUCUUGCACCCCACCGCCACACCCCUUGGCACGCUCUUGUGUUUCCCCGCCAUGGGUGCAUCGUGCUCCCCUGGCGCGUCUUCUGCUUUCGCGCCCCCGUACGACUCCACGCCGCUCACACGCUACCCGUUCACUGAGCCCUACGCGGCUACCGUGGCGUCGGCAGCCGUGGAGGACGUCGGUGGGGAGCGCCUGGAGGCUCAGCAGGGUGCAGCCGCCGCACCGCUGCUGCCCUCCGCGCGACCGCGCCCCGCGGCGGCGGGAAGUCGUAUUAUCGUUCGUCCAUUCCCACCACCCUCGUCGUCCGAAUCAAACGCCAAUGCGUCUAAUGCGUCCCCUUCGAAGGCUGUCACCACGAAUGUUGCGGGGCCCGGGGAGGAGGGUGUGCACGCGGGAUCGCAAAACAAUUCAACCCCGCUUCGAAACCAUCGGUCACGGCCCCCCCGGCCCGGAAACACGGGCCAUGACGAGGAGGCCAAGUCUGAGGAACUGCUUCCCACGCUUUCCAUUUUCCGUUCCCUUCCACCACUCUUUAAUGAUCUGGCGGCGCACGCCAACCGUCGUCCUUCGCGUGCAGGAAAAAGGUGCGACAGCGACAGCCCGUUGCGGGCAGAUGAGGUGCGAUACGUGUACUUGGUUGGCCACCGAUGCAGACGCACUCUGUGCGCCGCCAGCACGCAGUAUGCGGUGGGUGAGUUGGUGCUGCUGGAGGGCGACAUGGGGAUUGAGAUGGGCACGGUGCAGGUGGUGCUCUCCGUGGAGGAGUUUGAGCAGCUGGAGAGCGCCGAACUGGCGCGGCGUGGGUUUCCCACGGACCACGAUGCGGUGACGGCCGCCUUUAUUCUGCGCCACGCCACCGAGGAGGAGACAACGCACUACACGCACACCCUCCGCGAGCUGGCGAAGGACUUGCUUGAAUUUUUGCAACACCGCAUAAACCCCGCCGGGUUUUUGGACUGCCGUGUGGAACACAUGGUCUUUCUUGACUGCGAGUUCCAGGCCGACUGCAAGAAGAUUUACGUCUACUACAAGACCAGGAGGCGGGUGCUCUUUCGGGAGCUCGCGCAAUACUUGCACUCCUUCUACCACUGCCGCAUCUGGCUGCACGAGGUGGGGAAGGGCGUCUUCACAGUCUCCGGUGACUCUUCGCAAGACGCAGAGAAUCCCUGA